AUGCAGCCCAUGCAGCCCAUCGACCUUGGCCCAGGCCAUGCGACACCGAUGACGACGGCUCCGUUCCCCGGAUGUCCAUCUCCUCGGGCUGCAUACAACAGCAGUUGCAGUUCGUUGACUCCCCAACCCGCGGCUGACCGAUUACGAUCAUCGAUCCACCCUUCGAAUCCCCGUCCGGCAUCAUCGCAGUGCAGACAGGCUAACCCGGAGCGCCUGCGCGCCGCGCCCCCAACCAGAGCCAUCCUCGACCUCAAGCUGCAGCGCGACAAGCUGCACCAGUACCAGCGGCGGAUCACGGCGCUGACGGCGGCCGAGACGGCGGCGGCGCGGCAGAUGUUGGCGGCGGGCAACAAGCCGCGGGCGCUGCUGGCGCUGCGGCGCAAGAAGUACCAGGAGUCGCUGCUGGCCAAGACGGACGCGCAGCUCGAGCAGCUCGAGCAGCUGGUGCGCAGCGUCGAGUUCGCCCAGAUCCAGAAGGACAUCGUCUUCGGCCUGGCGCAGGGCACCAAGGUGCUCAAGGAGAUCCACGCUGAGAUGGGCGGCAUCGAGAAGGUCGAGAUGCUCAUGGGCGAGAACGCCGAGGCCAUCGCGUACCAGGAGGAGAUCAGCGAGAUGCUCGGCGGACGUAUAUCGAACCAGGACGAGGAAGAGGUCGAGGACGAACUCGCGGCGCUGGAACUCGAGGUCAACGGACCGCUGAACUCGGAGAUGAGCGGCACGCCUGUGCUGCCCAAUGUUCCCGAUACCCGGCUGCCCGAGACGCCAGACGCCGAACCCGAGACGGCGGCGGCGAAGAAGAGGCAACAACAGCAGGAAGAGAGGCGACAGGCGGUACCGGCCUAG